AUGCAACAACAAAUACAAAAACAGAGAGGACUUACUAGAGAUUUUGAUGCUAUAAGCCCUAAAAGUACUAGAAAAACUACUCCUGAAGAAGUUGACCGUCCUGAUAGUCGUCAUUCACCCUCUUCUGACACAUCUUCAUCUACUUCAAAUAUUUAUAUGGAUUCACAAGAAAAUACAACCUUGACAAAGUCAACAAAUGAUUCAACUUGUCAUUCUAAUUUUGUAAAUAAAUUGCCUAAUAAUGUUGUUCAGUCAAAUGAGUUUUCUCGUUCAACUCAAUUUAUUCAUGAAGCAAUUUCUAACUCACAAAAGCCUCCCACUAUGUUUCGUUUACUUGGACGAACUCCAACUACUGGCAGCACUGAAAAUAAAACAACAACAAUAAUUGUUAAAAAUAGUCCAAAUAAUAAUGCACAAUGGAAAGGAACAGAUUCGAAUUCUUCAAAUUCACCCCUUUCAACCCCUCAACAACGCAAAAUUUCUUCUGCUUCCUUCUCUGGACGAAGUCAUUAUAUUUCUCCAAGUGGAACUCGUUUUGUUCCUGUUGAUCCACGUGGACUUGUUUCUAUGCAAAAAAAUUCUGCAUCAAAUUCUAUUACUAGUUCAAAAUCAAAUUCUCCUAUAGCAGCUAUUCCUUCAACUCCUAGUCCAGCAUCUUAUAUAAAUUCCCCACCACGAUGUGAAAUAAUAAAUCCGAAUGUUGAUAUUAGGACACCGAGAGGAGAGACUAAUCAAAAUAUUUUUGGUGUUGAUUAUGAACAACAACAUCAAUUUAUGUCUUCUACUCCAAAAACUAUAAAUAAUAUAAUUUCAUCAUCAACAAUAACAACAACAACAGCUAAUAGACGACAACAACCCCAACAACAUUUUCCUUCUACUAACCAAACAAAUUCUAAUUUUUUCCGUAAGAGACAAAUUGUAGAAGAAAUGACUCCACAAGCAUUAAUGACUUCUACUCCAAAUCGUUAUCAACAACAACAACAACGAACACCAACAUCGUCUAUUACUCAUAGUAAUAUUAAACGAUUUAGGCCAGUUAUGUCGUCUCAAGAAGGUGAUCAUCAACAAUAUGCUUGUAUUGAUUCAUUUCCAUCUGAUACUUCAAUCCUUCAACCACCACGAGUACGAACUUUGUAUCCGCAAAAACAGCAGCAUUCUGCUAUCAGUGCUUCGCCAAUACCUAGAACAUCUACGUCAAUGGUUGAUAUUCAACAACCAACAUGUUAUCAAAUUUCUUAUCAAAACCAAAUUGUUAAUCAAAGAAUUCAUCCUUCUUCAUCUCAACAGCAUUUUAGUCAAUCAAAUACUCUUGGACAGCAACAUCCUCCUUCACAACCAUUUAGACAAGCAUUUACAUCAACAAUACAACGUCAACAACAACAGCAUCAUUAUUUGAGACAACAACAACACAAUUUGCGUACACAAUUAAAUAGAGGAAUAAAGUAUUUUUUAUUUAUAAAUUGUUAGAGGGGUUUUAUGAUAUAAGAAGGGAGGUAUGAGUUAGGGCAGAAGGAAGGUCAGGUGUUGGCUUUACAUGGGGCUUAGAACUGUGUAUCUUUUGAGCCGCCACAGAUUUUACCUGGGGAUUUUGGUUGAACUUCAUGCCAUGGAUCUGAGAUAAGGCCUUCUUUAUUUUAAAAAACGGAAGACUAAAUUGCGGAAGCGGAUGGUAAAAAAGGGCGGAAUUAUGAAGGAAGUUGAGACAGUUCAUUUCUGCUAUGAAACAAGUCCAGGC